AUGAGAAUGACAUGCCGUGUUGUGGAAGAGCAAAAUGCACUUCGGAAAAAUUUCAUCAAAGCCUAUCGCAAGUCGGAAAUGAAAGCCGUUGCGGCCGAGCACUUCUUAGAUAAUCUCGUGACGCAGCUGUGUCAUCCAGAAGGCAUCUUCCACGAUCCGGAAUCUUGGCCAUCAAGUUGGGCACUUGAUCCAACAGAGGGACCAAACAGAGAACGCCGCCGAUUGAUGUACUCGCAUUUGACUUUUGAUAAGAAAUUUGUACAGCGUCGAUCAGUGGACAAAGUGAAAAAACGAGAAAAAUCACCGCCCCUCUUCCAUUUAUUGAAAGGAUUGUGCCGCGCAAAUUCGUUGUUUCUGUCAUGGAGCUACGAGAAUUUGGUCGAUAUUUACAAGCGCCAUCAUCUUUUAAAAGACACCGCUCUGGAAAUCUUCCUUUCAGAUGGCCAAACGUAUCUUAUCGUUUUUGAAGAUCAGUCGGUAAGUGUUAUUUAA